AUGGAAAAUCUUAAAAACAUAUGGAAACCUGAACUUUAUCGCAUUCAGUUAGAGGCUCCUGUGCCGAAGAAAAUAAUUUGUGAAGAAUGUCCGGACAGACCAUUAUUUUAUGGAAAGGAAUAUCAUGGAAUUAUGGGUCAUAAGGAAGCGACGUUACUACUCGAGGAUGAACCCAAUGGUGCGUUUCUGAUAAGAAAAGGCAAUGAAUACAAUGAUUUCUACACAUUAACUUGGAGGUUCAAUAAUAAAGUUCAUCACUAUAAAUUAUAUUAUGAUGGGACCCAUUACAUAAAGGAUAAAAGAUAUGAUAGCAUAUAUGAUUUAGUAGCGGACGGUCUCAUCACAUGCCACAUGGAACUAAGGGCUCACCAUAUAAUGGAAAUGAUAAAUUCUCAGGCUAACUACACAGAGAGUCCGUAUGUUACGCUGAAUAGACGAAAGAUAAACACACUUACAAAAAUCCAUCAGGCUUCGAACAGAUCAAGUCCAAUCAUUAACAAACAUGAGGGAAAAAUAUUAGAAAUAGAAUCUGAUAUUAAAAAACUGAAUUUUGAUCUAACACCUACACUCGAAGAUAGCCCUCUACUGUCUAAGUAUACAAAAUCACAUUCAUUUAAAGUUCAUACAUUUAAGGGCUUAAAUUGGUGCGAACUUUGUGCUAACUUCUUGUGGGGUUUUACCGCACAGGGUGUAAAAUGUGAAGAUUGUGGUUUCAUUGCACAUUCAAAAUGUUCAGAGCGAGUACCGAACCAUUGCGUACCGGAUUUAAAAAAGCUAAGGGGUGUGUUUGGUAUCGACCUGACAACAUUACUUAAUGCUCACUCGAGUACAUUGCCAUUUGUGGUCAAGAAGUGUGUCAUUGAAAUAGAAGCCAGAGGUUUGGACUCCGAGGGUAUUUAUAGAGUAUCAGGUUUUGCUGACGAGAUUGAAGCAUUGAAAAUGGCUUUUGAUAAAGAUGGAGAGGCGACGGAUCUUAGUGUAUACAGUAACAUCAAUGUAAUAGCUGGCACUCUGAAACUUUACUUGAGAUUACUACCAGUUCCGCUUAUAACUUUUGAGGUUCAUCCCAAGCUAGUGAAUGCUAUUCAAACGAAGACAGCAGCAAUACAAGUGACAAUGUUGAGAGAGGCCCUCGAUACGUUACCACCAGCUCAUUUCAACUGCUUACAAUAUAUGGUACAGCAUUUACAUAGAAUUGCCCAACAUGCGGAUGUCAACAAAAUGUCGGCACAUAACCUUAGCACAGUUUUCGCGCCAACACUCGUCGCUACGCCUCCCGCCAUUACUGACUUGGCUUUUGAAAUAAGGGCAUUGCAAGCGCUGAUUGAAUACUGUCCACAAAUAUAUUAUGGUAAUAAAUAAUUAAAUUCAAAAUUACUUAUUUCUGAAUACGAAUUAAGUAAAAUUUAGAAAGACAAGACUAGUUAGGGUUGCCAGAUGGCCGGGAAAUCCGGGAUGGUCCCGGAAAUAAUUGUCUUGUCCCGUGUCCAGGUUAUAGUCGAUUGUCCCGGAUUUCGAACACUACUUGUUUUCUAGCGAUUUACAAAAAAUAUUAUCAAUUUUCGUAUAUUUUUCAACCGACCGAAUUCGUAAUCCUCGAAUUGUCCCU